UAAGUUCCAAAAACCCAAAGCGCAAGCGUUACUGUUGCAGAGAGAGAGAGAGAGAGAUUGCGAUUGACGCGAAGAAAAAUGGUGAACUACAUGCUCAUGAUCAGUGCUGACCUUGAGAACCUCACCAAUCUUGAACCUCAAAGUGGCUGCGAUGACCCCAACUUCUCCUACCUCUUCAAGAUGAAAUGUGGAAGAUGUGGAGAGCUGACCCAAAAAGAAACUUGUGUGGCCUUAAACGACACCGUUCCUCUCCCAGUUGGCAAGGGCACCACCCAUCUCAUUCAAAAGUGCAAAUUUUGUGGCAGGGAGGGUACUGUUACAAUGAUCCAAGGCAGAGGUAAACCGCUAACCCAGGAAACAAGUGAAUCAGGGAAGUAUGCCCCGUUAAUGUUAUUCGACUGCAGGGGCUAUGAGCCAGUAGAUUUUGUGUUUGGUAGUGGAUGGAAAGUUGAGUCGCUGGAGGGAACCAAGUUUGAGAAUGUUGACUUGUCAAGUGGAGACUUUGCCGAAUAUGAUGAGAAGGGAGAGUGCCCGGUCAUGAUAUCCAAUGUUCGAUCUACUUUUGAUGUGGUGAAGUAGAGAGACCUAGUUUGCUGUUUGAAUAUUGUCUUGGUAUAUAAAACUGACUGUUUUAUUUUGGAUGAGCUUUUGAGCGCUGGGGUACAUCGUAAUUAGGCAAGAAAUUUGUAUGAUCUUUUAACAUUACAUGUUAACCCUAGUUUAUUUCUUGAAGGUGGAAAAACAGCUUCCAAGUGAUUGAUGAAGUUCACUAUGCAUUUCAUGC